AUGGGCCGUCAGUGCGGGGCCCCGGGGCGCGGCCCGGGGGAGAGGGGGCAGCACGGGGAGCCGGGGGCGGCCAUGGGAGCCAGACUCGGGGCGGAAAUGACGCCUAGCAGGACAGGUUUGGGCGGCGCGCCGGGUGCUUUCAAGUCCCUGGUCCCGGUCUUGCAAGUGCGGACGUGCGCCCAGAGCGGCGGCGGGAACACCUGCCCUCGUGUGCCGACUCGUGGUGCCCGGGGGCUGGGCGGUUCCGACCCCCAUCGAAUCCAUGUGGGAAGUGACUCUAGCACCGCCACCUAUGGACUUCGACAGUCUGUCUUACUGAACACCAGGCUGCAGGACUGCUAUGUUAUCUCUCCAGCUCUCACCAACAUCUGGAUGGCUAGAAUAUGUGCAAAGCAGAACAUCACAGGCCCAGCACCAGGUACCGCCUCUUGUUGGGAAGUGGUAAAGAACCCAUUAAUCACCAGUUCAUUCUCCCUGGUUAAACUUGUGCUCAGACGGCAACUGAAGGAUAAAUGCUGCUCAGUACCUUCCAGGUUUGGAGAAGCAAAACCCUUGAAGAGAUUAAAGCCCACAGACAAUUCAACAAAAGCCACCCAGCUGUCUGGGAUAAGAAACUCUAUCAAUUUUAAGAGCAGGCGGCCAGCAGGGCAGCUGCCAGGUUCACUUGGGCACAGGAGGCCAGGAGGAAGCAUCAGAAAGAGCAAAGAAAGUUCAAAGGAGAAAAACGUAACACCCCGCCAAGAUCUUGAGGACAGAUAUGCCAAAAACGUGGCUGCCACCCAAGAACUACUCCGGAACAGUGGGAUGACAGCCUGCAAGGGCCAAGCGCUUCCUGAAAUUCAGAAGAGACAGCAGCUGUCAGAGGAUACCCUAACCAUCCAUGGCCUCCCCACAGAGGGCUAUCAGGCUCUGUACCAUGCUGUGGUGGAGCCAAUGCUGUGGAAUCCUUCAGGAAUCCCCAAGAGGUACAACUUGGAGCUGGGCAAGGCCAUUAAACAAAAGCUUUGGGAAGCUCUGUGCAGUCAAGCCAUCACCCUUGAAGGUGCUCAGGACCCCUAGCCAGGCAGGAAGUGA